GAAAUUCCAAUGUUUUAUUCUGACUAGAUAUUUGUAUACACUUCGUACAAUAUACAUUUUAUUGUCCAGCGAGCAUUCAAUCUCGUCUUCACACACGACCACGUCCAGAGCCAAUCAUAAAGGUCGCCGCGUGCCAGAGAGUCCAACAGGAAGGCGGCCGCCGCACCAAGAGCGCAUGCAGAAGCCGGCGGGAGUCGUUCUUGCCGAAGCCAUGUACGUUGGAGACCCUUGCGCGCACGCACAGGUCCGAUAUGUCGUAGUGCGUGUCCAUUCGGCUUUGGCUUGAUAACGAAAUGCCAUCUAUUACAGGGACAAUAGGUCGUCGAAACCUCUUGCAUCUGUGCUGCCUCAAGGGCAGAUUUGCAUCAGCCCCUCUGGUAUCACAUCAAACGUUGGAUCUCUUCACGACCAGGAGGCAGCAGUCUCGUAUGCGUGGUCGCCCCGGCAGUGUCACGUCGAUUCUUUGUCGAGGCCGAAUGUGUUGGCUUAUCCGGAUAUCCGAACGGCAGAUGUAUCGGUAUCCAAAUUUGAGCCAAUCAAAGCGCAGGGUGGCAACGUUGUAGGGCCAGAAUCGAAGUAACUCGGGAAAGUGACAUGGCGCCUGCGCCUAACGAAUAUGACCUAAUUGUGUCCGGGGACUGCGGCGGCACCAACACCCGUCUCACGUUGUGGCGUGUGCCGCACGACAGCGUUCACCUGAAAGGCAAAAUUGCCCCUGGCGAGCUCGUGUUCAACCAGAAGUACCUCAAUGAGAAUCAUGGGAGCUUUGUCGAAGUGAUGCACUUGUUCCUGAAAGAAGCCGACAUCGAUGCCCCCCCCGUGUGUUGUGUCUUGGCUUGUGCGGGACCCGUCAUGAACAACGCUGUCGUGUUUACGAAUAUUGCGUUCGGCUGGUCCAUCAACGGCGACAACUUGCAGCGCGAACUCGGGAUCCCGAACGUCAAGCUGAUCAACGAUUUCGUUGCAAUGGGAUACGGUCUCUUGACGUUGCGAGAGCACGAAUUCCUCGCCUUGAACGACGUGCCGCGUGAAGCAGACGCGCCGAUUGCCACCAUCGGCGCUGGCACGGGCCUCGGCGAAUGUUUCUUGACUCCGUCGGGAGACUCGUACGACUGCUAUCCUACGGAAGGCGGACACUGCGACUACUCCCCCACCACGGACAUCGAAGUCGAAAUUUACAAUAAGUUGCGCAACAAGUUUGGACCGAACAAGCGACUGUCCACCGAGCGCAUUAUCAGUGGCAACGGUCUCGCCAGCAUUUACGAAUAUUUGGCCGAGAAGUUUCCGGACAAAGUCAACAGCGCCAUCCACAAGGAGUUUGUCGCCUCCGAAUCGUUGCGUGGGGGAGUCGUUGGCAAGAACGCCGGGUCGGACGAGCUGUGCGGCCAAGCGAUGGAGAUCUUCGUCAAGGGAUACGGCCGAGAAGCUGGCAACGCCGCGCUCAAGUACCUCCCCCGCGGCGGCUUUUACAUCACGGGUGGCAUGGCACCGAAGAACUUGGACUUUUUCACGAAGAAGACGUGGUUCUUGGACGCGAUCUUCGACAAAGGUCGCGUCAGCCCUGCCCUCAAGUCCGUCCCGAUCUACUUGGUGCUCACGGAAGACUUGGGCGAACGUGGCGCGCAUUAUUACUCGUACCAGCUGCUGAGCAAGUCGCGAGUGCAAAGGGCGGUGCCAUCCGACUCCUCUCCUCCCCUUCCAAGUGACGUAUCCAAACGCGGCGCGAUGGCAUCUCCACUUGCCGACUCGGUCAAAUACUUUGCCGUGGCUGCGGCAGCGUUGUUAGGCGUCACGAUUGGGUUUCGCCUCGGAAAGAAGUAAAUCCGUGCAGCAUGGCGACCUCUUGGUCAGCGAACAGGAAACCCACGUGAUCUACGGACAAAUCAUCCAGAAACAUGACGUGCCAUGGAGGAGUCUGCUCUGGUUUCAUGUGGGGUGAAAUCGGAAUAGGGGGGAGGUACGACGUGGGUAGGAUGGAAUCAAGUCGGUGCAAUUAACGCAGUUAAAUAGAGGAAAGGGGACGAGCUAGACCGACGUGAUGAUGGCGUCGCAGAGCAUGGCAAA